ACAAAUAGGCAGAAAUGGAUUCUGUACAAAUAAUGUCCUGCAUGGGCCCGUUGCACAAAACAAUCUUAGCGCUACGACUGUCGCAAGCCUAUGUUAAAGUAUGGGAGUUACGAUCACCUUAGCGCUAAGAUAGCUUUGUGUAACGGGGCCCAGGUUUGAGGAUUAUCCGUCAGCAGUUAGUUACAAUUUUUAAACUGAAUAUGACCGUAUUACUCCUUGCUCAAAUCAUACAGUUUCUUGUUUAACGCCACACUAUUGAGUAAGUUAAUUGGGUUUAAGCCGCUUAGAACAAUGCGUAUUUCAGUGAUAUGUACGGCGUGACAGCUUAAUGCCGGAGGAAAGCCCAAAGUGAUGCAGGUCCCUACUUUCCAAUUGGUGAAACCCACGACUUCGGGUGUGGUGCUGACAAACCUAGAAACAUAAUCAGGGCGGACCGAGAUUCGAACCCACUAUCAUAGGUUUCUGACACGUCUACAAGGAACCCAACAGUGCUCAACGAAUUGCAGCGCCUUAGACGAUUGGGCCACCCCUGCCUCCUUGAAUGUUAUUGAACGGGUGAACUCCAGAGUUAAUACGUUUACGAUUAACAAUUGCUUAUCCGAGUUGCAUGUGUGUUGCUGUUCACGAAAAAGUUUAAUGUUGCACUCAUGACAGGGAUUUAUCUGAGUAUUCCACUGUAGUCUACGCCAAAUGUUGCUUUAAAUGUUCAAACUGAAAAUAAAAUAUCCAAGUUCAGGUUAUCAUUAUUAUAAUUAAUGUUUUAGCUUUGCAGAGAUGACUGAAAGCCGGAUCAUACUUCGUUGUACAUUAUUGUAUUGAAUAUUGUAUUAACAUUUCUCUCAAUUAAAGAAACGAACGGAAUAUUAAAAUACCUCUGAAUUGAAAAUAUGAAAAUAGUCUAUUACUUAAUUGUUAUUUUUUAUGUUUGUUUUUAAAUGCGUGAUUAGUAUGCUUAAAAGCAAGAGGGAUGCGCCAGGCUGUACAUAAAACACUACAUGCUGUUGACGGAAAUGGAAGGGUUGAGUGACUGAGUAGUAGUAUUGAAAAAUCUGACUUGAAACCUUAUUUGAAAGUUGAAUACCAGAUUUCUGCAAACCCUAAAAGGACCCCACACUACCAAUAACCACAAUGAUUUCUCCCUACGUAAAAAGCCUUCCUCUAAUGACAGAAGAUCUGUUUCCAAGUUUCACGUGUUUGCAUGUACCGGGUGGGAAACAAACUACAUGGUCAUCAUGUUACAAGGUAUGAUGAAAAUACACACCUGCAUUGUGCGGGCAGUUAGUAUCACACUGACCCGUGAACUGGCCACAGGUCAGACAGGAGCUGACAAAGCUCUACUUAGCAAGCUAAGGAAGAAGACAGGAUUUCCAUUCAUCAGCUGUAAGAAGGCCCUUGACCAGUUUGAUGGCGACUUAGAGCUGGUUAGUACUGGCUUACAAGCAGAAAAAUGGCUGCAGGAACAGGCACAGAAGGAAGGAUGGGCAAAGGCUACCAAGUUACAGAAUCGGCCAAUGUCACAGGGUCUGGUUGGUGUGGUGGGGGAUCAGCAGACAGCCACUAUGGUGGAGGUGAAUUGUGAGACCGACUUUGUGGCUCGGAAUGAAAAGUUUGUGAAGCUGGUAUCAAGUCUAGCCCUGGCCUGUCAAGAACACUUCCUCAGCCAGCCAGACAGGAAGGUAAGCAUGGAUGGCACAGCUCUCCGAGAUCUCCAGGCAGGAGAGGGUCAGACUCUGGCUGAUCUGGUUGCCCUUGAGGUGGGCAGUGUCGGAGAAAACAUGUCCCUGCGUAGAGCUGUUCACCUUCGGGCUGCAGACAACAACUUCCUGUCAUCCUUCGUCCAUGUGUCAGGCCCAGAUAUCAACACAAACAGUGAAUGUAAGUUGGGCAAGUUUGGAAGCUUGUUGGAGCUGCAAGACCUGCCAGUAGAGUCAGAGGACACUCGAGACUCUUCAAGUUCUUCUGACUCUGACUCUGACUCUGACUCCUCAAGUGAGGAGGAAGAGGCUCCCCUGACCCGUGAGGAGGCAUGUCGGCAGCUGGGCCAGCAUGUGGUGGGCAUGAACCCCAGACACAUCGGCAAGGAAGAGGAUGAACCCAGCAAGAGCAAAGAUGAGGAAGACAAACUGAUCUUCCAGGAGUUCUUGAUGAACCCAAGCUUGUCUGUGAAGGACAUGUUAAAGAAGAAUCAUUUAGCUGUGAAGGAGUUUGUGAGGUUUGAGUGUGGUGAGGACUUGGGAGAAGACACCAGCUGAAGAUGGGAUUGUAGUCAUAUUCAGUGUACAUAAUCACUGCACAGUAGUACUGUUGUAAUGUGUUGAAUGUCCAGUGUGUGCUGAGACUGUAAUCAGAUUUUGUAGAUUGUAUGACCAAAUGUAUACCAUACUUGGAAUUGGUAUUGAUAUUGUUAACUCUUUUGAUGACAAUGUGACAAUAUUUUCGAUAAUUUUUCAAUUAAACGAUACUUGCACCAUUAAUGCUGAUAGGCAGUAAGUUGUUAUGCAGCUCCAUAUCUUUUUAUUUUUUGCCAUACUAAAAUCUGUAAUGUUUACAUAUCUCGAGAAUCAGGUGAUUGGGCAUUUUCUACACUUCCACUGAAACCUGUGAAGAUAUGAGGGUUUAUAUACUUUUGGAAAAAAAAUUCCAGUUCACCAAAGAAAAUAACAUGAAAGUAAGGUUGCCAUGGAUUUUUCAGAGUCAUGCGGGAUAAUCACAUGUACAAACACUGUGUUAUCAUUCAAGCCAAACACAGAGUAAAUAGUUGAAGUGUUUUAACCAUGAAAAGCAACUUUGUCGACCACACAUUGUAAAUGUUUAUGCCACAUCUUUCUGAAAAUGAGCUGUUGUGUGCAGUUGGAAUGCUUGAAACCGGAAUUGCAUACAAUGUUCAUCUAAAGCCAUACAGGGACCAACCACCUUCUGGAUGCCCAUUAGUAACUUCAUGUCGGCAAGAUAAUCACAUCCGUCUGGUUCACCUGCGACGUCAGUAUCAAACUGCAACUUUGACAGCCCGCAGCAUCCUCAGCUCCUGUCCGAUUAGUGCAGACUCUGGCAAUCGAUUACAAGAGCCAUAACAUCUGACCGCCCAAUCGAGCUGUAUGCCAAUUUUGCUGCCACGUCAUUGAACUCUAUGCCUGGAAUGAUCAAGAGAAUGUGAGGCUCAGGUAACAGAACUGAGGAUAAUCCUCUUCAGAGAUGAGUCAGGCUUCAUCUUGACAACAGUGAUGGUUGUGUUUAUUGACGUCGGAUGGAACAUUACACCGACCCAUGGAUAUUACAUCACUUUACAGCAGAACAAUGCACGCCCUCACCUGGCAUGUGUGGUCACAUACUUCACUGGACAAUAGGACAUCCCAUCACUCCCUUGGCCUGAUGUUUCGCCAGAUCUGUCGCCAACUGAACAUGUGUGGGAUGAAAGGAAAAGUUGUUUACGCUGAAUUCCAAACCAACAGGUGAUGUCCAGCUGCGACAGAUAUGGAAGACAUCCAUAAGCCUACCUCAACCACCUUGUGUUGUCAGUGAGGUGCUGUUGACAAAUACCGAAUAUUGACCCCCACACCACUUUCAGCCUGAGAUGAUGUUUACGGAGGACAUGUGUUGACACUGUAAAUGAUGAAUUCAUGUUUUAUGGACAUCAAAAUAUUGUUCUGUUGCAAACCUGUUCUUUGUUUGCGUAUGUUUAUUAUUUCCCAUGAUGGUCAGUGAUGGUGUUUUUUCCCUGCUGGUAUUUGAUUCCGGCUGUGUCUCAGAGAAGAUGGAAACCAUGCAGGAACCCUGGUGACCACGUCUUAGUUGAAGGGGAGCUAGGCUAGGGCCUAUUGACAGUCCUUGAAAAUUUGAAUAACUAAAAUCAUUAAAGCAGUGUCUUCUUGCCAGAGUGAGAUUUGAGGAUGUAGUUGUUGUUACAAGGGAUUGUCUAAACGACAUGUGGAUAACUUGUUUCCACAACGCACAUUCUGCACAGUGAAAUGAGUUCGCCGAUUACAUUGAUCAUAAGAGAUCAUUGAUUACAUUAAUCAUAGUACAUUCUGUUUACCAAUAAACAGAUAAGCUUUA